AUGAGUUUGGAACUUGAGAUUUCUGGCCUUAAGGAGAACAAACUGCUUUCCAGGAAAGAAUUGGAUGUGGUUGCAUACCAUCCUGGAAUGCCUAUUCCCAGCAGAGAGGAAAUAACAGACAAGAUAUCUGAGCUCUAUCAAACAAGCAAGAAGAACAUUGUAGUUGGAAAUCUUAAGAAUAGGUAUGGAACACACAGAACCACACUCAGAGCAAAGAUUUAUUCAAAUGCUGAAGUUCUUUCUUCAGUUGAGAAGAAGCAUGUUGUAGCAAAGAUCACUGGAAAGGAGCUUCAAAUAACACCUAGAAGGGUAAGAAAGGACGAAAGGAAGAAGCGCUAUAAGAUCUUUGGUACUAUCAAGAGAGCAAUGAAGAAGGCAGAGAAAAAGAAUAAAUAA